CUUGUCCGGUUUAGUUUCACUUUCUAGUUACUUGACUUUACGGGAAGACAGAUCCGUCCCAGACUCGUGAGAUCGGGCUCUGAUUUCAUGAAGCCUGCAGUAAAUCAACAGAGCAGCUGUAUUUCUGUCAGAGGUUUCUUAACAUUAAGUAAAAUAAAGCGAAAAUGGAGAGGUGUUGCUGUGGAUUGAUUACGCCUGAGAAGCAAGCAGUGCCUCUGCAGAGUGUGGAUGUUCAGGUGGAUGUGAAGGACCAUGUCGCCACAGUGGUGUCAACGCUGCUCUACAAAAACAAAGAGGAGAAACCCAUCGAGGCGGUGUUUGUUUUUCCCAUGCCCAGUGAAGCAGCCGUCUGCCAUUUCAGUGCUAAAGUUGGAGAGACUCUUAUCGUGGCUGAGGUGAAAGAGAAGAAACAGGCUCAUGAGGAGUAUGAUGAUGCACUGAGCUCCGGUCAACAGGCCUUUCUAUUGCAAGAGAGCAACCAGAGUCCAGAUAUAUUCUCUAUGAGUGUUGGCAGUCUGCCCCCUGGAGAGAGCGCCUCCAUCAGGCUGGAGUAUGUCACUGAGCUGGAUGUGCAGGCCGAUGAAGCUCUGAGAUUUUGUCUUCCUGCUGUCCUCAACCCUCGAUACCAACCUGCAGGAACAGAAAGCAGCAGUGUGAAAGUGACAUCAGUCCCGUCUUCUCUGGUGCCCUAUGAUCUGACCUUCUCGGCCCGAGUCGAGUCACCCCGGUCAGUCUCCAAUAUAGAAUCCAGCUGCACCAUGGACCCGGUGGAGUAUCUCAACCAAGAUCAAACUAAGGCAUCGGUGAAACUGGCAGCAGGACACAAGUUUGACCGAGACGUGGAGCUGCUCAUUUAUUACAAAGACAGUCACCAGCCCUCAGCUGUGGUGGAGGCAGGACAGGCCUCAGCCAAACCUGGCUCUCUGAUGGGAGACCCAGCCCUGAUGCUGAGUCUGUACCCGGAGUUCCCCAAAGACAUUUUGUCAUCUGUGUCUUCCUCUGGAGAGUUUGUGUUUCUAUUGGAUCGAUCUGGAAGUAUGGGCUGCUCUAUGGGCCACAGAGGAGAGUCAGGGAGUCGGAUUGCCAGUGCACGGGACACUCUGCUGCUGCUGCUCAAGAGCUUACCCAUGGGCUGCUACUUUAACAUCUACAGUUUUGGAUCCACUUUUGAACAAAUCUUUCCGGAGAGUGUGGAGUACAGCCAAAAGACAAUGGAGGAGGCUCUGAAAAAGGUGGAAAAGAUGGAGGCUAACCUGGGAGGAACUGAGAUUCUGGCUCCUCUAAAACGCAUUUACAGUCAGGGCUGCAUCCCCAACCAGCCCAGACAGCUGUUUGUCUUCACUGAUGGAGAAGUAGAAAACACCAAAGAAGUCAUCAACCUGGUCAAGUCUAAUGCAGGCUCUCACAGGUGUUUUUCUUUUGGGAUUGGAGAAGGAGCCAGUUCUGCUCUUAUCAAGGGUUUGGCCAAAGAAGGAGGAGGACACGCCCAGUUCAUCACUGGAAAUGACAGGAUGCAACCCAAAGUGAUCCAGUCUUUGCGCUUCGCCAUGCAGCCAGCAGUGGUGGACAUCUCUGUGAAAUGGGACCUGCCCAAAGGGGUGUCUGCCUCUGUGCUGUCCCCACCUCUCACAUCCAUUUUUCAGGGACAACGGUCACUGCUGUACGCCCAACUCACUGGACAGAGCAAAGAGGGAGCAGAGGGCUGUGUGACUGUCAAGUACAGCCUGGCAGGACGUCCCACCGAGAACAAGCUCAACUUCAGCCUCAAACCAGCGGAGGACACAGGACUCACAGUGCACAGGCUGGCAGCACGCUCUCUCAUUCGAUCUCUGGAGCAAGAGGGCGCUAGAGGACAGAAAGACGCUGUGAAGAAGAAAAUCAUUGAUCUGAGCAUCCAAUCAGGAGUCAGCAGCUCCUUCACUGCCUUCAUCGCUGUGAACAAAACCAGCGGAGAAGCCAUUCAAGGCCCUCUGCUGAGAAGAGAUGUCCCUUUACCAAGGAUGCCCGUCUUCCAAACGUCUUAUCGUCGUCUCAUGCCGCCAGAUAGGGCUUGUGCCAGUAAGAGCAGCCGGUCCUCUCUCCAAAAGAGGGCUUUAAAUACGUGUGAUGAUGUGGAGAUGAAUGAGGAUGAGUCUUCAGAUGAUGAUCUUGGGUUUGACUUGCCUCCCUCACCCAAAGUGCAGCGGGACCCUCUGCUGCAGGUGGUGUCCCUGCAGAAGGCUUCAGGCUGCUGGGAGUUAGAACCAGCUCUGGCCCAAGCCCUGAGCAAGACCAGCCAAGACCUGGAGAGCAAACUGCCUGCAAUGGCAAAGAAAGAAGUGUGGGCCACCAUUUUGGCUCUGGUCUGGCUUCAUGGUCUGAAAGCUGAUGCUAAGGACGAGUGGGAGCUGUUGGUCAUGAAGGCUGUGAUGUGGCUGCGCUCACAGAACGCUCAAGGCCUGACUGAGUGUGUGGAAGCCGCCAAUGCUCUUCUGGGGUGCACUGUUCAGAAAGAUGCCCUGGGACUCUAGAUCUAUUUUGUUUAUUAAACUGCUCAUUUAAAGGAAAAUGCAAAAUGGAGGUGUUCCGCAAAUGUGCCUUAAAUAAAGUACAAUGUGCCAUUACAUCAUUAAUACAAGUGUUAGCCAUGUUCCUUCUAUGUUCCCAUGUUAUGAUAGGGUAUUUUUUUCUUUGCACAUGUUUCUUCUGUACGCUCCAAUAAAUGAAUUAAUAAA